AUCUUUUUCUCUCCGCGUUGAAAGGUGAAAGAUAAACACGGAACUUGUGCAGCCAGUUUAGUUGUAAAGCCUAGACCCUUCAUCUUUUCCCCACUACAUUAGAAGGAGAAGGAUAAACUCUGAAGCUCGAUUCUUGAAUUCAUUCGCAUGAUAAACGUAUGCGCAAAUUCUGCUCUUACGGAAAAGUUGGAAGCCGAUUGGCCAUUUGCAUGAUUUUUAACCAACAGAUUCUCAACUUUUCCGCAAGCAGGAAUUUCGUAUACGUUUCUCUUUCGGAUUUCUCACACAUCGUGUGUUAAUGCAUUUUAUUUUACGUUUGUUUGUUCAGAUUUUUCAAGGGACUCUGUUCCUAUUGUUUCUAUUUAUUCCUUGUUGCAAUAAGAAUGUUUGUAUGCAUGCAUCGUUGAAUUACAUUCAUUUUUGUGCCGACAAGCCGCGUGGAUGCCAAACUGACUCGAACGUUUUCGAAAAGCGCGCCAUAGUUGGCCUGAAAAUGGCAGACGGGAUCGAAAUUCUCACUCGACGGAGGAUCUAGGCGCUUUCCAGUACUUCGUGACACGCAGGCGCGGUGCACCGUUUACACGUGCGUUUCAGCGCGUUUGCAACGCGGGGUUCACGAUCGUAUAUGCUAUUUAAUUUUAAUUAUCGCACUGAUUGGUAGACGAUGUUAAUCCGUGCCGGUUAUUAACGACUGCGGACAAACUGCCAACGAAAUGGGCUUGACCAAGCAGUAUCUGAGGUACGUGCCGGCGGGUAACGCGAACAUAAUCGCGAGCCCGCGAUGCAACGUAGUCUUCGUAAAGCUGGACGGCCAGGAGGGCAGAUUCGUAGCUGCCGCCGCGUGCGAGCAUGUAUACAUCUGGGACCUGCGACUCGGAGAGAAGGCACGAGUGUUGUCUGGAGAAAAGGUGUGCGUGACACGCCUGGCCGCGUCGCCCGACAAAAGGCACAUCGCGGUCGGUUACGCGGACGGCACGGCGAAGACCUUCGAUCUGGUCGCCGGCGAGAACGUCAGCGUGUUCGUGGGACACAAGUCUGAAAUAACAACCUUGGCGUAUGACGCGUUGGGACACAGAUUAGCCACCGGUUCCCAGGACACGGAUAUCAUAGUCUGGGACGUUGUGGCGGAAGCUGGUAUAUGCCGCUUAAGCGGGCACAAGGGUGUCGUAACCAAGCUGGUAUUCAUGAAGGAACACAACAUUAUUAUUAGCGCCAGCAAGGAUACGCUUGUCAAGUUUUGGGAUCUGGACACGGAGCACAACUUCAAAACCCUUGUCGGACACAAGUCGGAAGUUUGGAGUCUUGCCCUGAUGAGCGACGACCGGUAUCUAAUAACGGGAUGCAACGAUGCGGAAUUGCGCGUUUGGAAAAUAACCUUCCUUGAAGGCAAGAAUAUUGAAUUGGACACCGCUGUUGGUACAGAUAUCAAUGAAGAAAGUGAGGAAAGCGUGGAUACAGAUAUGAAAUAUCCUAUAAAAUGUGAAAAAGUUGGAAGCAUGUUAAGAACAGCCGGCGGCCGAGUUGUUUCGCUAGAAGUUGACUCCACGUGUAAAGUUCUUGGGUGCUACGGAGUAGGAAAUUCCAUAGAGCUGUUUUAUCUAGUACCUGAAGAUACGGUCAAGGAUAGAUUUGCGAAAAGGUUGAAGAAAGAAAGGCGAAAGGCUCAGAAGGAAGGGAAUGACGCAGGAAAGGAGCUACCAAGUGCACCGUCCCUCAAAGACGAGAUAAAACGUUUACCUGUUGUUCAAGUGACCGGCAAAGCGAAAGGCCUCGAUUUAGUUAUAGGCAAAGGCAGCGAACUUCGAUUAUGUGUCGGAGUGAAUAACAAUUCGGUCGAAUUACAUUCUUUGUACAUGGAAGAGAAGGAUCUCGAAGUGAAGCGUUUGCGUUCAAUAACGGCACAUGGGCAUCGUACAGACGUUCGAGCUGUCUGUUUUAGCUCCGACAAUUUGGCGUUUGCUAGUGUCAGCGGAGAUUCUGUCAAAUUAUGGAAUAGACCGACGUUGUCGUGUUUACGCACGGUGCAGUGCGGCUAUGCCUUGACGGUGACAUUCGUGCCGGGCGACAGACAUCUGAUUGUCGGUUUGAAAGACGGGAAAAUGCUCAUUAUCGACAUCGUAUCUGGCGAUAUCCUGGAAGAAGUGCCGGCACAUUCCAAGGAGCUCUGGAGCGUGACGUUAUUUCCCGAUCUGAAAGGAGUUGCCAGCGGCGGUGGUGAUCGGACGGUGAAAUUUUGGAAUUUUGAACUUAUUCAAGAUCCUGACAGUCAGAUAAAAGCGAAAGUUCUUUCCGUCUUGCACAUGAGAACGCUCAAGCUUGAGGAAAGCGUACUGUGCGUACGAAUAAGUCCGAAUAAUAGAUUUGUGGCGGUUUCUCUAUUGGACUCGACCGUUAAAAUCUUCUUCCUGGACACGUUUAAGUUCUUUGUGUCGCUUUACGGACACAAGCUACCAGCACUGUGCAUAGAUAUAUCCAGCGACUCCACGCUCAUAGCAACCGGGUCUGCUGAUCGCAACAUUAAGAUCUGGGGUCUGGACUUCGGCGAUUGCCACAAGUCUAUAUUCGCGCACGACGACUCCGUCACAGGUCUCUCCUUCGUGCCUGGAACUCACUAUUUCUUUUCCGCCGGUAAAGACGGCAGGAUCAAGCAAUGGGACGCUGAUAUAUUUCAAAAAAUCACCACGCUACCAGGCCACGCUGGAGAAAGUUGGAACUGUUGCGUUUCGCCGAACGGGGUCUUCGUCGCGUCAUGCGGUUCCGAUAGAGUAGUGAGAUUGUACGAGAAGACUGACGAACCUUUGGUACUGCAGGACGAAGCAGAAGAAGAAAGGGAACAACAGGAGAACGAAUUGGUUACCGGGGAAAGCACCGCGGUAUUAGGGCAGAAGCAACAGGCGUUACCUUCCAGAAAGACCGUUAACAGUGAGAGGGCUGCCGAGCUGAUACUGGAAUGCUUGGAAAUCUGCAACCAGUACGAGACAGAACUGAGUAAAGCUGUUUCUGCCGACAAAGCGCCGCCUCUUCCUCUACUGAUGCAGGGCUACGAUUGCACGAGCACGGAAGACUUCUUAUUGGAAACUUUUAAACGAGUCAGGGCGAGUGAAAUGGAGGAGACGUUACUGUUGUUGCCGUACUCUGCCGCCUGUGAUAUUCUUCGGAGACUCCCUGACUUGUUGAGAAGCGAUUAUCACACUGAGCUAUUAGUCAGAUUAGCUCUGAGCUUGGUGCAAGCGCACCACGGCCCGAUAGUAGCCAACCUAAAUCUUUUGCCCACGUUGGAAAUUGUAAAGAAACUCGCCGUGGAAAAGAUCACUGCUUUAAGGGACACCGUCGGUUUUAACUUGCACGGCAUGAUGUACGUGCAACGCAUUUUAGAGGAGCGGGAAGGAGUCAAGUUCUUCAGAGACGCCAGUAAGAAGGUCGCGCACAAGAAGAAGAUCAGAAGGAACAAGGAGAAGGCUGUAAAGAGGGCGGUUAUGAACUUGUAGAUCCUCCCGGCGACAUUAAGAGCUUUGUACGCGUGCAUACGUAGCACAAAUUUUCAUAUACCUUAUGUACAUACUAUACGACGUAUUAAAUAUUACCUGGGCCUUUUACAAACUCGUUAGGAAUUAAUAGCAGUUGGCUCAACUAACUAAAACUUCGUGUGCCCUAACAUGGAGUUCGUCAAAUUCCUGCGAGUGAGAGGGAGAGAAACAUAGAGGCUAUCUCGCUCUUCUACGAUCGUAGAAACCCAGUCUCUGAUUGCAGGGUCUUCUACCCUAACGUAGCACUAAAUUGUUGAAUUCCUGUGUCAAUAAAUCGGUCAGACUUUGCUCGGUUAAUUAAAUCGGCAAUGAAUCAAGAAUGUUGUUGAAUAAUUCGUGCAAAGCCGCUCAGUCAAUUACAUAGGCGAUGAAUCAAGAAUAUUGUUGAAUACCAUCUUAAAUCACAUUUUUUUAAAUAAAAAUUACAAGCUACCUACAUUGGCGUUUUCUCAUAUGUUUAGUUUUAGUUAGGGGUCUUACUUUAACAACUUUAGAAUGUGAAUCGCCAGUGAAUGUUCAACGAUAUGCUUGUUUUUUAUAAAAUAAUUGUAGAUUGUUGAAUUCCCUGAAAAGGACCACAACCCGCAUGGUCG